AUGGGUAAAGGAAAGCCAAGAGGUCUGAACGCCGCCCGCAAGCUCCAGAACACCCGCCGUGAGGGUCGCUGGGCCGAUCUCAACUACAAGAAGCGUCUUCUCGGUACCGCCUACAAGUCCUCUCCCUUCGGUGGUUCGUCGCACGCCAAGGGUAUCGUCCUCGAGAAGGUCGGUGUCGAGGCCAAGCAGCCCAACUCGGCCAUUCGCAAGUGUGUCCGUGUCCAGCUCAUCAAGAACGGCAAGAAGGUCACCGCUUUCGUCCCCAACGAUGGUUGCUUGAACUUCGUCGACGAGAACGACGAGGUCCUUCUCGCCGGUUUCGGUCGCAAGGGCAAGGCCAAGGGUGAUAUUCCUGGUGUCCGUUUCAAGGUCGUCAAGGUCUCUGGUGUCGGUCUCUCCGCUCUGUGGAAGGAGAAGAAGGAGAAGCCCAGAUCGUAA